CUUAAUUAUCUCGCCCCUUCCGCUGCUUUACGCCGUUCGAAGCUGCCGCUCCCUUUUUCUGCUAGCUGCCGCCGCUCGCUCGCUCGCUCUUAUAAGAGAUGACCGGAGAAUUGGACAUAACAAAAUCAAGAGAUACUAAGAAAUGGAAGAAACGCCAAACGGAGAUGGAUACAAUAAUAGAGGAGGAGGAAUAUCUUGAAGAGUAUUAUAAGGGAUUUUUAUUGUCUACAUCUAAGCCAUCUUACCUUCUUGGACUAGGCUCCUGCAAUGUCCGACCCGAAAAUCGUCUCAGAUUAUGCCGUCUUUUGCAGGAGUUGGUUAGGCAACAUAAUUGGGUUGAAGCAAGCGGUGUUCUCAGCAUUUUAUUAAAAGCCACAUACAAAGACUCUGAUCCUACCACCAAUCGCUUCAAGUAUUUGGUAUCUAUGGAGAUUAUGAAGCAUAUAGAAGGUGCCAAUUCAGAUUUGACGGCUUUCGAUGGCAUUUUUGAUACUUGGAUGAGGAAUAUUGGAAUCAAUAUAUCCAAGAAACGAAAAAGGAAUCCUUCUAUGACAGAGGACAAAUUUCUUGUUGAAUUAGAGUCCAUACUUUUCCGAGUGAUGCAGGGAAACACUGAAGGUGAACGCCCGAAUGCUAGAAGCCUGGUGCAAGAAUCUCAAUUUGAGGGUCAUCCAAUGUUCAAUUUGAUCAUUGGCAUGAUAUUUUAUCAACUUUUUUAUUCUAGCAUCCCAGAACAAAUGCAGUGGAAAAAUUAUGACCUAAUUGGUAGCCCCACGCAUACAGACAUGUCAGCUAGAAUAUUCAGUUAUGAAGUUGGAGGGUCAGAGGGCCGCAAUGCUCUCAUCAACAGUGAAGCUGAUUCUUUUUUUCAAUGUGGCUCAGAGACUUCUGUCAUGAUUGGUAAAGAAAUGUCAGCGAAAGCAAAUUAUGAUCUUCACGAAGAAGUGGGUGCUAUGGAGGUUGAUGUUAACCUGCAAAACAAUGUCCAACAAGACUUCCGGCCACAUGGUUCCUAUGUUAGCUCUGCUGAAAAUGAAGUGCAUGUCGAUCAUGAUGGUGGGCAUAACCAAUUUGCCCCCUAUUUGUCUGCCCGAAAGAGCUGGGAUUCAUGGUUGUUGCCUAUGCGAAGUGAGUAUUGUGGGUCGGAUAGGGUGAUUCAAGAUGAUGAAUAUAAACAUGCAGUGAGGUACUUACAAGCAGCUAUUUAUUCAACCCCUCCAGAUUCGGCGGCUCUAAUUCCAUUAAUACAGUUAUUACUCAUUGGAGACAAGUUUGCAGAGGCCCUUGAUGUACUGGAGAAGUUUUGUGACAAUUCAAAUUCAGCACUUGCUAACAGAUUGAGGGCUCACAUUCUAGAGCGUGUUGAUCCUAAGAACGGUGUCAUGCUAUCAACCUGUUUUGAGGACACUUUAAAGAGUGAUCCUACAUGUGGCGAGUCAUUGGAUAAGCUUAUCAGCUUGCAUCAAAAGGGGUAUUAUAGGCCUGAGUCCCUUUUGGAAAUGAUUGCGUUGCAUCUGGAGGCUGUCUUUGGGGAACAUAAGAUAUGGAGAGAGUUUGCUUUAUGCUUCCUUAAGGUCUCUCAGUACGAAGAGGACGCUAUGUCAGUGUGUUUGCAUGGAAAUGAAGGCAAAAAGGUGCAAGGUCACUCUGUUCGAUACAACAGAAUCCCCAAAUUGUUUAUUUGUGGGAAUUCAGGAAAGGCUUGGAGGUUGCGAUGUAGGUGGUGGUUGACCCGUCAUUUCAGCAACAACCUUUUUGCAUCAGAAAUUGCUGCAGAUAAGCUGGAACUGGUCGCAUACAAAGCAGCAUGCGCCGCACACAUGUACGGGCCACAGUUGGAAUACGUAGUAAGGGCUCGCUCUUGCAUAAAGAAAGAAGAUAACAGGGAUUUGUUUAUGGGGUUGCAACAGCACUUGCGUCAUUUCGUAGGAAUUAAUUUACACUUUGAACGGAGAAAGUGAAUAACUACAUUUCUCAUUGGCGGGCUUCAUUUAGGUAAAUGCAUUAUUUGGUUUUCAUUCUAACAAAAAUUAAACUAAACCGAAAUGUUAAUAUUUGUUUGUUUUAACUGUUUAUUUAUUGUUUUAUUAUAAAUUACAGAAAAGAAAAACAAAAUUUACAA